AUGGCUUUCUUCUCACCUGAGCCCGAUCGUCUGGAGUACAAUAGUCGCAUCUACACCUUGUAUCCGGCACCAUUCAAUUUUCCCUCUACCAGCGCUAUCGCUAGCGCCUGGAUGCAAGACGAAGAGGAACAAUCACCCAGAAUUGUCGCCGCCAGCCUCAGCCCGCUCUCUCCCAAGCCCAUAUCGGUCCAGUCGAUUCAGAACACCGUAGUUUCCAAGCUCCAGGACCAAGCUGCGACCGCCGAGGCCGCUGCUGCUGCCACCGUCGCAUCGCCAGCCCCUCCCCCUCUCUUCCCGAACAUCUCCCACCACCGGCCAGUACCACUACCACUCCCCUUAGCCAUGGACCCGAUGCCCGAGCAGCCUGCUAUCGCCGAAUCCAUCGUCACAAAUGCCGAUGCCGUGUCAGACGUUGGCCGCGACGACAACGAGAGCAUUAACUACAGCGAUGGCGACGAGCGCGAUGUGGGACAGGAACCGCAAGAUAAGGCCGAUCCAGAUGCUGCUGCCGAUGCCAACGAUGACUAUGCCAAAACCUUUGACUCGCCCAUCGAGCCUAGCGAGAAUGAGCAUGAGCAUGAGCAUGAGCAUGAGCAUCAGGGUGAAGCUGACGAGGCGCAGCUAAAUCAGCCCGGUGUACCAGAGGCUGCAGAAUCUAUGAAUGCUUUCUCCGUCCCCAUGACCCUCCCAUUCGCCCAGAGCACCCAGAACAUCCAGAGCACUCAGCCCAGCCAGGUCCAGGCCCAGGCCCAGGCCCAGACUCCAGCUGCUGCCCUCCAAAUUCAAGUUCCUGCUUCUGCUGCCACACUCCAGUCGCCCUCUGCGCCGCCGGGCCUGCCAGGCCUGCCGUUCACUGCCAGUACCACUGCUGCCACACCCGCCCAUGAGCAAGCCAACGGUCCCGACACGUCCUCUUCCUCUGGCGCCGAAAACCCAUUUUCUGCCCCGAAGGCCAGCCCACCUCUCUCCCCCGCGGCUCCCAACACUGUGCCGUCCACCGAGGAGACCCUCGCUGACCCUUCUGCUGAUGCAACCCCGGUCGCGCCCCCCGCUCCCGUUGCCGCUCCCGCGACCGCUGCUGCGCCGGCGCCCCAAUCAGCCAAUGAAGAUGAUGCCGCUGUUGAUAUUCAGAAGCUGGUAAACGACCUUACUGCUAAAGCUGCCGGGUCUUCUUCAGCCUCAUCCAACGCCGGUCCAUCCCAGGACAAGCCCAGUGCUGCGGCUGCCGUCACUACUGCUCCCACAACUGCAGCGACAUUGCAGGCUACCCCGACGUCUUCUACUUCCUCCUCUACAUCUACGCUACCAGCCCCAUCUCAUCCCUCGCUGCCCCCUAAGCCCAAUUUGCCUCCUCCUCCCGCCAGCCUUCCCGCCAUUCCCCCGUCCGCAUUCCAGCCCCGCGGCACGAAUGGCCCCGUCCCCUCUGUGCCGAUGAAUAGUGCCAGCGCCGGCGCGCCCCACGGCACCUAUAUGCCCCCAGGCGCCCCUGGCGCAGGUAAUGAUGGCAUUGCCUCUUUGCCGCCGCACCCUUCUGCGGCCUAUGGCGCCCCGUCUCAUCUCCCUCCUUCCCAUAUGCCUAGCGCCCCCCAUUAUCCCCCCGCCAGCGAUGCUUCUGCCCCCGGCAAUUACCAUCAUGGUGCAUCCAUCAAGCAGCUUUGGGAGCAGUUCCUUGCUGACGAGAAGCGCUACACAUCUGAGGCCAAGUGGGAGCGCUUUCCCGAGGGCUCCCGCAUUUUCAUUGGUAAUCUCUCCAGUGAACGUGUCACCAAGCGUGAGGUGUUUGAUGUCUUUCACCGCUUCGGCCGUCUUGCACAGAUCUCACUAAAGAAUGCUUAUGGCUUCGUCCAGUACCACACCGUUGCCGAGGGUCAGGCCGCUAUGCUAGGCGCCCAAGGCAUCGAGUUGGGUGGUCGCCGGAUUCAUCUCGAAGUGUCUCGUACGCAGAAGAAGAAAGAAGAUCGCGACCGGUCGCCGAAUCGUCGACGUGGCCGUGAGGACGAUCGAUUCAACGGGGGCGACCGUGGUUGGCGUCGCGAUGAUUACCGGCCAGGUCGUUCUCCGUCGCCCCGUCGUGGUCGGGACGGCUACGGCCGGGAUCGCGAUUUUGGCGGCCACGGUGAGCGCCGUCGCUCUCGUUCCCCGCGGUACGGUCGGUACGGUGAUGAGUACCGCCGGCGGAGCCCUAGCCCGCACCGCCGUGUCCCGUCCGACGCGGACCGCCUCGAUCUCCCUCGUCGCUUCGGUGCCGAUGUCCCCGAUGUGCAGUUCCUGUUGCUGCAAGAGGUCUCGCGCGAGUUUGUCAAUUGGGUCCAGGGAGCCUUCCACAACCGCGGUCUGAAGACCGAUGUCAUGUAUCUCAACCCACGGUUCCCGCGCGACACGGUCGUCCAGCGCCAGGUUGUUGAGGGCGUCCACGCCAUUGUCGACCUUGACUACGCUGCCCAGUCCAAGGGCAAGAUUCCUAUUCAGGUCUUCAUCCGCUCUGGCGGCUCUACCGUGCGCUUCGAGCUCUACCAAGACAUUGACCCUCCUGUCGCUGCCGAGCUGGUCAUCCGCGAGAAGAAUAACUCGGCCGCUCACCUUGCCCAGCCCCAGGCUCCCACUGCUGCCCCGUACGCUCCACAUGCGUAUGCGCCCCCGGCUGCUGCGCCGCCUGCUUAUGCUUACCCCUACGCUGCUCCAGCAGCUGCCCCUGUGGCUCCUGCACAACCUGCAGCCCCGGCUGCUCCCGACCUCACCAAUAUUGUUGGCCAGCUCGACAACAACGCUCUCCAGGCGCUCCUUUCCUCACUGCAGACUGCUCAGGCCGCGCAGAACCCUGCUGCGGCUGCUCACUCGGGUGUCCCGGCCGCGCAACCUACUGCUCCCGCAGCUCCUGCUGCGGCACCACAGAUCGAUGUGAAUGCGUUGCUAGGCAACCUGAGGGCUGCUGCGGCUGCGCAACAACCUGCUGCUCCGGCCCCAGCGGCCCCCCCUGCGUAUGGAUAUGGAGCGGCGGCACCUGCACCGGCGGUCCCGACCGUGGAUGCUAGCACUGCCCAGCAUGUGCAGAGUAUUAUAGAUACGCUGAAAAGGGCUGCGCAGUAG